AUGAAGACAAUCUGUCCCGACCGCGCCCCUCGCACCAUCGGCCCCUAUGUCCACGCCAUCGUCCACGGGGACUUUGUCUUUACCACGGCCUGCAUCCCUCUCGACCCAGAGACAAACAAGCUUAUCGAAGGAGACGCUGAAACUCAGCUUCGACGUAUCUUCGAGAACCUCAAGAUCAUUCUUCAAGAAUCUGGCACCACACUCAACCAUAUCAUCAAGCAGAAUGUCUACCUCACCAACUUUGACGACUUUGAGGCUUUUAAUAAGGUUUCGGCUGAAUAUCUUGGGGAGCAUAGGCCGGCGAGGGCGACAAUGAAGGUUUUGGAGUUACCAAAGAAGGCCAGGAUGGGGUUGGACGUAGUGGCUGCUCUGCCUCACUGA